AUGAUCCUCGGUUUGCACGAAGACCAGCAGGCCUGCAGGCCUCUCGAGGUUUCAAGCGCCGCUGACGAUGAAGAUCUGAUGCCCCCUCUGAAAAAGGCAAGGUCAUUUGAUCUCAACAUCAUGGUGGAGGCCUCCUCUCUCAACGAAACCCCGAAGGAGUCAUGCUUGCGCAAAGAGCGUCAGCUCCCCAACACGUGUGCCUUGCCCGAUCGUGCUGUCAAGGAAGUCCUGAACUCCAUAUCGUAUGGGAGUGCCAGAGCACGAACCCCUCGACGCCCGGUGAAGAAAGUAAGCAUCGAUCCCCGGGUGAGAGAACUGAAGCUUAUGCUGUCUCCGGACUGGGGUGUUGAUAAAGCAGACAUGCUGAUGCAUGCGCUCAGCCGGGAUGCACAGCAAAGGUUCCUCAUCAGUUACAAGAAGACACGUGACGCGGCAGUAUCGCUGGUUGUGAUGGCAAGCAGGAGAUUUUCCGUGUCCACGGCGACUUCUAUCCGAGCGAUAACCAUCUUCGACAAGUUCAUGUCGAAAGUGUUGGAGAACAUCGUGGUGGGCGACACGAGGUUCUAUCAGUCCGGCGAAAGCGGGCAAUUUGAGGGGUUUCCCAAGCAUUUCUGUGUUGAAGUACCUCUUGCAUGCUUCCAGAUGUCCUGCAAGUUCGUGGAGGUUUUGUCGCCCAGGCUUGCCGACGUGACGAGUCUGGUUGGGGAGGGAUGCUCCAUUACAUCUUUGCGAUCAGCAGAGCUCUUUGUUUGGGAGGUUCUCGACCACCAUCUAGACUUUCUAACAGCUUCUGAUGUACUCUACAAACUGCUGGAUCUUGCCUCGAGGUUCCUCAGGAACAAGUUUCAGACAUACAUUGAAGCCAACAUCAAGAUCGCACUGUGCUGCCAUGAGGCAAUCUUCUUGCGACCGAGCGACAUAGCUGUCGGCGCACUGAUCUACACCUUCAAGGACAUGGGACUGGAUGACAAGAGUUUCGACUUCAUCCCAAAGUUCAUGAAGACUGCAAAGUCUGAGGAGUGCGAGGGCCAAAUCAAGGCGUUUGUGGCUGCUGUCCGCAACAGGAAGAAGUGA